AUGAGAUCCAUUUUCCGGUCCAUUUCCAGCCGCCGACAAACCGGCAGCCGAACUUUCGCCGAUACGGCGGAGGAAGCGUACAUAUUCGUCAGAGACCGAGGCCUCGACCACGCGGUGGAGAGAGAGAAGAAUCUCAGACCCCUACUCAGCAUCAAAGACCUAAUCAGAUCGGAGCCAUCCAAAUCAGUCCCGAUCUCCGUCAUCACAACCCAGAGAGACUCCCUCCGAGUCCCUCUCCGUCCGAUCGAGUUCACCCGGAGCUACCCCACCGUAUUCCAAGAGUUUCUCCCCGCAGGAAUCGGCAUCAACCCUCACAUCAGCCUCACGCCGGAAGUUCUCGACCUCGACGCCGAUGAGCAAUUGGUUUACGGAAGCGAGACUUACAAGCAGGGAUUAGCCGAUCGGCUCUUGAAACUGCUCAUGAUAAACAGAAUCAACAGAAUCCCUCUAGAGCUCCUCGAUUUGCUGAAAUGGGAUUUAGGUUUGCCUCAGGACUACGUCGAAUCCAUGGUUCCCGAUUUCCCCGACUAUUUCAGAGUAACCAAAUCGAAGCUCCGCGGAUGUAGCGGCGAGUUAGAGCUCGUCUGCUGGAGCGACGAGCACUCUGUAUCCGCGCUGGAGAAGAAGGCGAAAAUCUCCGGAAAAGGUGGGUUUGUUAAAGGCUCUCCGAUUGCUUUUCCGAUGAAGUUCACAAACGGAUUCGUCGUGGACAAGAAGAUGAAGAAAUGGUUCGACGAUUGGCAGAAGCUGCCGUAUAUCUCACCGUAUGAGAACGCGCUUCAUUUGCCGGUGACGAGCGAUGAGUCUGAUAAGUGGGCGGCUGCUGUAUUGCACGAGAUCUUGAACCUUUUUGUGUCGAAGAAGGUUGAGAAAGACGCGGUUUUGCGUCUUGGUGAGUUUAUGGGGUUGAGGUCGAGGUUUAAGAGGGUUCUUCAUAACCAUCAUGGUGUGUUUUACUUGUCGAGUAAGCUUAGGACUCACACUGUGGUGCUUAGAGAUGGUUACAAGAGAGGGAUGUUGGUGGAGGGUAAUGAGUUGGUGACUAGUAGGAACCGUUACUUGAAACUCAUGAGUAAGGUUAAGAAAGUGAGCAGUGCGGUGUCUAGUAGGAAGAGAGAAGAGAAAGGGAAGGUGGAAGGAGAAGUUUGUGAGAGUGAUGUAAAGGAUGAGGUUUCUGAUUCUGAAAUUGAGGAUGUGGGUGAAGAAGAUGUUGUUGAUGAUGAUGACGAGGAGGAUGAUGAUGAUGAAGUGGAUGAAAACCAGCGUGGUCGUAGGAAUUCAAGUCCGAGAGGUGGUAGGUGGGGUUCUUCACAGGAGAAGCCACAUACAAGGUCAAGAGCAGGGAGGAGGAGUUUGGCUAAAUCUGGUUCGCCGGAGAAGCCACGAUCAGGGCGGCGCAACAAGGUCAAGUUAACGACGGGGAAGAGGAGUGAGAUGUCUUGA